GCCCUCUCUCCGAGCGGAAGUGAUGCCAUCGUGCUAUUCUAACGUCGCAGAAAGUGGUUUUUCUCUCUCUAUGGUUGUUCCUUCCUCUCUGUCUCUCUCCCCCGCCAACCCCCAUUUCUUUUCCUUCGCCGAGACUGCAAAUGGCCGCCGAGCGGUAGAGAGCCGAACCGGGAACUGUCGCUCAUAGAAGGGAAUUAAACAUUUGAGUGCAUACCAAGAAUUUAAAAUCCAUUUCUUGUCUAGCAGGAUUGCAAGAUUUGAUCUCAGUUAUCAUUUCUUCAACCCAAACUCUGCAUAGAUUGGAAUGAAGAUGGCUGUUUUGACUUUUAUUGUCAAAUAACGACUUAAAGUGUUGCCUGUGUUUAAAAGGAAAGAAAAAUGGCUUGGUUGAAUUACUGAGUGCAUUAGGCAGGUUACUGCUCCACAUGAAAACAGCCAAAUUUUCAAAUAUGGAGGAAAGCUAGUAAAGAAAGGAAAAUACCGGUAAUACUUUUCUGUAUAAAGUACUGAGGGGAAAAUGGGUCGCUCUAACACUAGAUCACAUUCUUCAAGAUCAAAAUCCAGAUCACAGUCCAGUUCAAGGUCGAGAUCCAGAUCACACUCUAGAAAAAAGAGAUACAGUUCUAGGUCUCGGUCUAGGACGUACUCACGAUCUCGCAGUAGAGAUCGUGUUUAUAAUAGAGAUUACCGCAGAGAUUACAGAAAUAAUAGAGGAAUGAGACGCCCCUAUGGCUAUAGAGGAAGAGGUAGAGGAUAUUAUCCAGGAGGUGGGGGUAGAUACCACCGUGGAGGUUACAGACCCGUUUGGAAUAGAAGACACUCUCGAAGCCCUAGACGAGGUCGCUCACGUUCUAGAAGUCCAAAGAGAAGGUCAGUCUCUUCCCAGAGAUCUCGGAGCAGAUCUCGCCGAUCCUACAGAUCUUCCAGGUCUCCAAGAUCCUCUUCAUCUCGGUCUUCAUCUCCAUAUAGCAAGUCUCCUGUAUCUUCUAAAAGACGUGGAUCAUCAGAAAAGCAAGCAAAGAAAACGGAGGGAGCUGCUUUACAAGAUAGUCCAUUAAAAAAUAAAUCACAAGAGGAGGAGAAAGGUGCAUUUGAACAUGAUCCUUCUGAGGCACUAGAUGAUUUCAGUAAAUCAGCAGCUUCAGGUGAUAUUUGGCCUGGCCUUUCAGCAUAUGAUAACAGUCCGAGGUCUCCCCAUAGUCCUUCUGUUGCUUCUCCACCUAGUCAGAGUUCCUCAUGCUCUGAUGCCCACUUACUCAGCACAGUCCACUCAGCAAAAAACACACCUCAGCACUCGCAUUCCAUUCAGCAUAGCCCUGAGAGGUCUGGGUCUGGCUCCCUUGGAAAUGGCUCUAGUCGCUAUAGCCCUUCCCAGAAUAGCCCACUGCAUCACAUUCCUUCAAGGAGAAGUCCUGCUAAAGCAGUUGCAUCGCAGAAUGCUCCACGUGAGGAAUCUCGGAUACGUUCUUUCUAUCCUGAAGCUGGGGAUCAAGAAAGUACAAAGGGUACAAAAUUUCUGAAAAGGUACACAGAUGAAGAGUCUAGAGUAUACCUGCUGGAUAGGAGUAAUGCUAGGGAGAAAGAUGGUCAGAAGGAGAGAGGGCUAGAAAAAGGGAGGACAGAGGGAGAGAGGGAGUGGGAGGACCAAGAAGCUUUGGAAUAUUAUAUGGAUAAAGAAUCUGGAAAACAAAAAUUUAAUGACUCUGAAGGGGAGGACACAGAGGAGACUGAAGAUUAUAGACAGUUCAGAAAGUCUGUUUUGGCAGAUCAGGGUAAGGGCUUUGCUGCAUCUCACCGGAAUGCUGAGGAGGAAGGCUCAAAGUAUAAAUCAAAAAUCUCUCUGAAGGCAAACAGAGAAAGUGAAGGAUUUAGAGAAGAUAAAAGUUACAAGCUUAAAGACACAACUAGCUAUGUAGUGGAGAGGCCUAGUGCACUAAAAGAUAAGCACAAGGAAGAUGAGAAAGUAUCUGAGAGAAUGAUGAAGAAAGAAACCCAGUCACCUGAGCAGGUAAAGUCUGAGAAGCUCAAAGAACUCUUUGAUUAUAGUCCUCCCCUGCACAAGAAUUUGGAUGCAAGAGAGAAAUCUACUUUCAGGGAGGAGAGCCCACUUAGGAUCAAAAUGAUAGCCAGUGAUUCUCAUCGACCUGAAGUUAAACUUAAAAUGGCACCUGUACCACUUGAUGAUUCAAACAGACCUGCUUCCUUGACUAAAGACAGGCUGCUUGCUAGUACACUUGUCCAUUCAGUCAAGAAGGAGCAAGAAUUCCGAUCCAUCUUUGACCACAUUAAGCUACCACAGGCCAGCAAAAGCACAUCAGAGUCAUUUAUUCAGCACAUUGUUUCCUUAGUUCAUCAUGUCAAAGAACAAUAUUUCAAGUCAGCUGGAAUGACCCUAAGUGAGAGGUUCACUGCUUAUCAGAAGUCUACUGAAGAACAUAGCACCCGGCAAAAGAGUCCUGAAAUACACAGGAGGAUUGACAUCUCUCCAAGUGCCCUGAGGAAGCAUACCCGUUUAGCGGGAGAAGAGAGAGCCUUUAAAGAAGAAACUCAGAAAGGAGAUAAAAAAUUAAAGUGUGAUGCUGCAGAUCUUCGACAUGACAUCGACCGUCGUAGAAAAGAACGAAGUAAAGAACGAGGAGACUCUAAAGGUUCCAGGGAAUCCAGUGGAUCAAGGAAGCAGGAGAAAAUUCCAAAGGAUUACAAGGAUUAUAAACCUUACAAAGAUGACAGUAAACAAAAAAGAGAGCAAGACCGUUCUCGAUCUUCCUCAACUUCCUCCCCAUCUUCCUCCUCAUCCAGUUCCCGAGAAGAAAAGGACAGCAAGAAAGAAAGAGAUGAAGAAUUUAAACCCCAUCACGAGCAGAAAGAAUACCCAGGUUUUACAGGAGUUGGAAGACCUAGAGGCACAUUUUUUCGAAUUAGGGGCAGAGGAAGAGCCAGAGGCGUGUUUGCUGGAACAAAUACUGGUCCCAGCAACUCAAACACUACUUUUCAAAAGAGACCGAAGGAGGAGGAAUGGGAUCCUGAAUAUACCCCAAAAAGCAAGAAAUACUUCUUGCAUGAUGACAGAGAUGAUGGUGUAGAUUACUGGGCUAAAAGAGGAAGAGGUCGUGGCACUUUCCAGCGUAGCAGAGGAAGAUUCAACUUCAAAAAAUCAGGUAGCAGUCCAAAGUGGACACAUGACAAAUACCAAGGGGAUGGGCUUGUGGAAGAUGAAGAAGAAACAAUGGAAAAUGAAGACAAGGAGAGGCGUAAAGAAGAAAAAGAAUAGUAAAUUUGAAGAUCAACUACAGCUGAAAACAUCUAUGCGCUAUCUACACAGCAUUUUUAAUAUGACUUGUCUUCAAAUGAAUGUAAGCAUUUUACUUAAAUUUUAUUGUUGGAGAGUAGCUUAGUUUAGUUUUUGUUUUUUGUUCUUUUGCAAUCUCACUAAAUAGUAACUGUUGAUGAUUAUACAAAAGCAAGUAGAAAAAGUACAAUACUAUUUGUCAUGAGCGACUUUUAAAAAUGUUUACUGAUUGUUAUAAGCAGUGUAACUUUGCUUUGUCCAGAAUAUAUGGUGAGAACCCUGAAAGUUGUAUUUCAUUGCCCCUUCCACAGCUGUGUUUAUUCUAAAGUAAAACUUAGGUCUGCACAUCUAAAUCUUGAAGCUGCGUUUUAAAAUAAAUCAGUACUUAAGAUCAAUUCUAUGAUGGAGUUAGUAAUUUCCUGAACUUUUUAUUUGUGUGGCUUAUGUUUAAAUUGCAGCAUAAUAUUACUUUGAGUGAUUUGGGAUGGGAGACUAAUAAUUUGUUUAAUGCAGCCACCAAAUGUCUCAACAUCUGAACAGCACUGCAAGAUUAAGGAUUUGCAAUCUGUUUUCACAAAGCUUGCUAUUGAUCACCUUUGAGAACCUGAGUACUUUGCUAUCUUUUGUAUCCCAUUUUCUGAAAAAUGAGUGCAAAUAGGACAUUAUGCAAGUCAGUGUUGGGAUCUUAUUAAUUCUCUCAUACACAUUCACAUUUCUAGAACACGAUGGGAGUUCUCUUCUGAACUGAUCUAGAUCUGACAAGUAGAGCUGUAGCUUAACAGGUGCCACGUUUCUCCGUCCACAUACCCUUACUGCUAAUGGGGAAAUGCCUCAACUGUUUGUGCAACAGCACUAAAAGUAGCUUGGCCUUCUGCAUACUUUUCUUACAAGAAGACUUGUCCUACAUUCCAAACCUUUAGGUGUACGACAGAAAGAGGUAAAUUGUAGUGAAAAAGUUACCUUUAACACAAGCAUGUUUCAGUGUCAUCUCCCCCCCCCCCGAGUUUACAUGCAUAAUAAACAUAGUCUUAUGUAAAGCACUAGAUGCUAUCCAUUUAUAACAUUUAAGCAGUGUGUAUAACGAAAUGACAUUAUUACUGCAGGAACAUUAGAGGAAGACUCACUGACAUCUCGUGAAAGUGUCGGCCAGAAAACUCAUGGCAAUAUUGAUCCAGCUACCAAAUGUAUCAAUCUUUUCCCCAGUUUGUAAAAUAGUAUUUUCCGUGGGUUUUCUUCAGAUAAAUAACUUGACCAUUUGGAUAUCUUCAUGUUUUCAGUCUUCAGUGGAAUAAAGAUGUGAAAAUUCUAAAAUGACAUGAGACUUUCAUUUGCAGGUCCAACACAUGUCAUAGAAACAUUAUUAAAGCUGUAUGUUUAAGUCUAAGCUAUAAGGAUUCUUGGAGGAAAGUCUGACAUUCUAUUCUACAUUUAAAAACCACAUACUGAAAGAGUAAUAUAAGCCAAACUUGAAUUCAUGUGUCCAUUUAAAUGUUGAAGACCAGUGUUUUGUCCAAUAAAUUCUACUGCUUGAAAUCAUAUUACAGUAAUUGCUAAGCUCCGAAAGUCACACUGUUGGCACUUGUACUCUGACUGCCAUCAGCUAUUGAGAGAUUCUGGUUACCGUCUUCUCUAGUCCUGCUGCCAGGAAUGAAUGGCAUCUAUAAAUGCAAAGCGUUGAGGUGUACUGUUGAGCAAACCCUGCUCAGUAUCUUAAUGGUAAUGUGCAAAGUACUGUAUUCAGUAGUAAAAAAAAAUUCAAUUUUUUGUAAGGUGAACUGUGAUUUGAAGAUUAUGGUCUACAUUAUGACAUCACAACAGAGCUCCUCUUUACUGUUCUCCCUUCAGCCCCCCAAACCUGUUCCAGAGAGUUGGGGAACCCUAUGGAGCAAUUUUUGGGAGCUCAGGGGUGAGGAGAGGGGAGCUCUGUUGCACAAGCAGAUGGGUAUUAUGGAUGCAGCCUAAUUUAUUCUUACCUUGUUAGGUUAAUUAACCAAGAAGUCUAGAUGCAGCUGUCCAAAUUACCGUACUUGUUUUCACAAAAUAAAUUCUAGGCUUUUGUAAUGUACGACCAUGCAUCUCCUUUAUAAAACUGUAGUUUGUAUCUAAAAGGGAGAUUUAUGCUUUCUUAAUCUAGUCACAGAUCACACAGGAUUUUAUUUUCAUAAGCCCUUGGGUGGAAGCACAGUACCUAUUUUAAACAAGCAAGGUCACAAGAACAGAGUUUACAACUAAACAUCAGGAAUAACUUUUUGACAGUAAGAAUUGCUUGACAGAGGAACGAACUCCCUCAGAACAUGGUGGGCCCUCCUUCAUUGGAAGUUUUUAAGCAGAGGUUGGAUGGUGAUCUGCCAUGGACGCUUUAGGCUAGAUCAGGGGUCAGCAAACUUUUUCAGCAGGGGGCCGGUCCACUGUCCCUCAGACCUUGUGGGGGGCCGGACUAUAUUUUGAAAAAAAAUAAUGAACGAAUUCCUAUGCCCCACAAAUAACCCAGAGAUGCAUUUUAAAUAAAAAGACACAUUCUACUCAUGUAAAAACAUGCUGAUUCCCGGACCAUCCACGGGCCAGAUUGAGAAGGCGAUUGGGCCACAUCUGGCCCCCGGGCCUUCGUUUGGGGACCCCUGGGCUAGAGUCCCUUCCAACUCUACAGUUCUAUGAUUCUAAGGUAGAUUAGCUGAGAAGCCAUCUAUUUACAACAGUAGCAUAGAUUUGCAACAUUGGGAGCAAUGGAUUGUCUCUGACUAAAUCAUAUGAGCAGACCCAUUGAAAUCAGUGGGCUUAACUUAGUUACUAACAUGAGAACAUAAAAAGAGCCUGCUGGAUCACCAUCUAGCCCAGCAUCUUUUUCACAGUGGACAACUGGAUGUCUGUGGGAGACCCGCAAGCAGAAUUCAAGCACAAGAGCACUCCUCCCUCCUGGUAUUCAGAAGCAUUAGUGCUUAUUCCUCCAUGAAUUUGUCUAAUCCUCUUUUUAAGCCAUCCAAGUUGGUGGCUAUCACAGCAAGUUCCAUAGUUUACUGUAACUAUACACUGUGAGAAGACAUACUUUCAUUUAUCCGUUUUAUUGGACUAUUACUAAAGUAGUCCAUUGAUUUCAGUGGUUCUACACUGAGCAUUACUUAAUCAGAUACAAUUCAAUAUCUACAAAAGGGGAAUUCUGUGAAGUAGUGGAAAAAUUGGCCAGCUCAUUUCAGGUUGACACUUUUAUGCACCAAAACCCACCCAUUUGAUUGAGUUGCACUUGAUGUUCAGGAGGGCAGGUGCACCCUUUAUUUUAAAAUCUAGUAAGGUAAAGGUAUUAUGACAUUGUCACAUUUAUUGAAUUCCCUGAUUUCUAUUUUCAGGAAGUACAGUCAGAUGUGUCCCCUUCUGAUAAUAAAAGGCAUCAAAGCCUGAUGGUAGAAUGGUAUUCUUAGGCGCUGAAAUAAACAACUCAGUCCUAGACGCAAGCCUAGUGAUGAUUAAUAUAACAACUGCAAAAUUAUCUGUUGGUCCUCCAUGGCUCUUGCUUAUGCCAUUUCCCCAGUAAUUCAAAUUGCUAAAGAUGUGCUCAAAGUGAGUUUUAUUUACUUGUAUACUAUGGUCCUGUCAAGUCCUGGGAUUCUGUGGGGUUUGAAAAGGCUAACCAAAAUAAUUUUGCCAUUGAUGUUUCUUCCUCCAAGAAAUUGCCAAAGUCACUUCCAAGAGCAUGGGCACUGACUAGCUUGCAACAAGCUUAGUUCUGGUAUACUGAACAUACUGACAGACAUAUGAUAUAAAAGGAUUGGAAAACAAAAGGGUCCUCCCAGACAGCCAAACCUGGAUGGUGGAAAAUACUGGUUUUCAGAGUAGUGGAUUGUAACAAAUGUUUGAAAUAUAUGCUUUCAAAAUAGGUUAACUAAACAGUACUGAUCACCUCCAUCUACCUUCUCAUACACCAGACACUUCUGCUCUAUUUCUUUAUUCAAACCCAGCCACCGUGUUGGUGAUACCACUUGUGCUGUUCCAGGAAGAACUGAUAAAUGAAAAUAAAUGACUUGGACAUAAAUGUGUUGGUUAGUUUUAUAAUGUGGCAGGCGAUGGAAAGUUUGUAGUGUAUUAGAUAUAUUUAUAUCAAAACUCGGAAGAUUAGGGUAACAAAAGCAUCAUCCUACAUAUUGGUGAAAAUCCCAAGUAACCAGGCACACUCAGCACUAGUUCAGAAAUGGCAAGAAGAAUGAGCUAUGGCACAGAAUUUGAGCAUUGGGGGAAACAAAAGAUUAAAUGCAGUGAUCAGCAAAGCCUGGACUACGUAGCAUUCUUUAGUUUCUGUUUUGGCUUAAAUUUAAGAACCAAAUACAUUACAAUGAACAAGGGUGAAAAGCAUGGAUGCGGUGAUACAGACUGCUAAACCACAUUGACUGAGCAAAGUAGCAAACAAGGAAGGCCCUGUUAGACUUGAGAUCACUACAAGUGAAAUAAGGUAUGUGUUUUGACAUGCAAGACCAAUUCAGUGUUUACAUGACUGAAACUGCUUCUGUGUUUCCUGAUGAACAUAAUGUUUAAAGGAGAGUUACACAGGGACAUGUUCCAGGAAGCUGCAAUUGGCCAUAGAUUCAAGAUGUGACAGAUUGGAGUGACCACAGACACAAUCUCAAUUUGGGAACCAGUAAGAUUUUUCUGAACCAGAUGAGAAGCUUGUUUCUUGGACUAUGGAACAAUCUCGGUGCCAGUAGUGGUUAAGCACUAAGGUAAGCCUGAAGGCAUUUCAUUCUUGAGACAAUAUUGUAUCUAUUUGUUAACAGUACAUGCUGCAAGCAGACAAAAAGGCUGCAACUUGGGAGUGAAAGCACACCUGGCAUCUUCGCAACAACCAACAGUGUGUUUAGUGGUGGGAGCUCAUACACUUUAAGCAGGCUCAUUGUGGGAAGGGGAUUUAAAGGUAAAGGGUAAAGGGACCCCUGACCAUUAGGUCCAGUUGUGACCGACUCUGAGGUUGCGCGCUCAUCUCGCAUUAUUGGCCGAGGGAGCCGGCGUACAG